UUUUUUUUUUUUUGCAUUUUCUUAAAGUAUAAUAUUUUAAAAAUAUUGUGUGAAAAUUUGAAGUGAAUCCGACAAAUUCUUUUCGAGUUAUUUAACAAUGACCAAAGGACGCUCGGGUGCUACGUGGCAUUCGAGAGCAGGUAGCUAGAAACAGCUGCAAGCAACCGACCUUUCGGGUUUCAUUGUCAUGAAUAUCUCCCCAUUUUAAUGUAUGUAUAAUUAUAUAUAUAUAUAUAUAUAUAUAUAUAUAUAUAUAUAUAUUCACAAUUUGUAGGUAGUACAAGAACUGAAAAAUAAUUUUUGGUUGCCAGUAUACCUGUAGUCGUUGCACUGAUCAGUCGAUAGUUUUGUGAUAAAUUAUUUCUCAAGUGAAUUAAAUUAUUAACCAUGGGACGUGAUUCUAGAAAGGUUUCAAGAGAACUUCGGAGUUCUGAAAAAAUUAAUAAGUCGCGUUCAGUCAAAAGAAAGAAUGUUUUUAAUCCGAAAACAGCCGAACGUGAUGAAAGUAUUCAGAGUACAUCUUCUAAAAAAUUAAAACAAAACACUGAAGAUGAUGUACCUGAAGACAGCAGUACUGAAUUUCGAAUAAUAAAUUUUAUUCAGGUAUUCACUGCAAUUUCUGCUCUUAUAAAAUGUAAAAAAUGUGAUGGAAAUGUAGUGUUUCAAACAGCAAGUACACGUGGGCUGGGAUUCAAAAUUGUAGUUGCAUGUAAUAACUGUGGAAAUGAAUAUAUUCCUUCCUGUUGAAAAUAUGAAAUCUGCUAUAAUGGCAACCUUUUAUCACUACGGCUCGAGUGAUGAAAAACCGAAUCAUGAUAUGUGUCCAAAAGGCGAAGAAUCUUGGUGCUCUUACCAGCGCGCUGAAGCAAGAGGAGAGCUUGAUACCUAUUCUCACGAUUAUUCUCCCUUACCUUCUGAUGUUUUAAAAGCUAUCAAGCCUAUAUACGAAGAUCUUAGUAAUGAAAAUUUACUUUCAAGAUGUGUAGGUGGAUUCAAUCAGAAUAAUAAUGAAAGCUUUAACCAACUAGUAUGGAAAAUAUGCCCAAAAACGGUAAAUACUAGUUUUACUAUCGUACAAAUAGCUGCAUACGUUGCUAUGUGUAUAUUUAAUGAGGGUAUAAAUUCAUUAUUAGUCUUGAUGAAUACACUAGGACUUAAUUGUGGGCCUAAUUCUCAUCGGUAUGCAGAAAGAAUGGAUGCUGCACGUAUCAAAGUAGCAGAUAAGCGCGCUAAUGAUAACGCCCGAGAAGGUCGAUUGCAACGUAGGCACCAGCAAAUCGAUAUUUUGGAAGCUGCUAUGACGGCUGAAGAGCUAUUAUAUGGUCCAGGAAUAGAUGACUCAGUAUGAAUCUCCAAGGACUUAUGAUGAUCACCGCAAAGGACUUCGGGAGGAACGGGCUCUACAAAAACAGCGAUAACUUUUUGAAUUAUUAAUUUUUUUUUUUGAAAUUUUCGUGAAGUCAAAUCGAAACGUGUUCUAAUAAAGCUAUGUUUUUAUUUUUGUCAAAUAAAGUAAUUAACUACAAAAAAAAAAUUAUUGAAAAUCAUCAUUUUUUCAGGCCUCUGAGUACC